ACCAAGUGCUGCACAGCGUACGAAGUUGAACAAAAACGUAUCCAAUACUGGGUCCACUGACUCGAUUCCAGAAAAUGCAUUGAAAUCAAAGGCCGACGUAAAGUUGCUUAAGUCAAACAAAGCGUCGGAUAUACUUGAACACAGUCUAAAGUUCAUCCAAAUGUUCGGAUAUAUUGUGGGCGUUGACUUUAAGUUUGAAUGGAAAAAUAACUUGCGUUUCGUUGUGACAAAAUCUCUUGUGUUUUUCUUCUGGACGCAGGUCUUUUACACUCAUUAUGUUUAUUCUGUCUACGACAACUUUGUCAGAAAUUUUGAAGUGUUUGCAAUAUACGGAAUCACAGUGUCGGCAGUUUUAAAAAUUAGAUGCUUCGAUUCGUAUUACCUCAACAUCACAGCAAUGUUUAAAUCUUCACUAAAAAUCUACAAACAAAAUGGUGACGCUCGCGGAAAACCGUUUACUGAUCGAUUGACCGCAAACUUCAAUUUGUAUAAAUUUGUUGCGUCCAUGGCCAUAUUCAUCACCAUACUGUAUAUGUAUUAUCCAGUGAAAAGUUUUCUCAUUGAUGGGGAGAUGGUGCAGUUUGUUCCAAUCGAAUUCAUGUUUGUCGAUCAGUCCACUUUGCUUGGAUUUCUUGUGGCUAGUGGUAUAAUGGGAACGCUGGGUGUUUAUGCUAUUUUUGGAACUGAGUACAUGGCUCUGACUUUCGUUGCCAUUGUUAUGAAUUAUGGCCCGCGCGUUGAUAUAUUGAAUGAAAAUUUUGACGAAUUGGACAAGAUGUGGCUUACAAAUUCAUCGUCGGCCGCCGAGUACAAGCAUUCAUUUUUGGUGAAUAUUUGUCGGAAAUAUGCUGACAUGAGAGAGUACAUCAACGAAGUCAAACUUAUAUUCGACCAGAAGCUGUACAUUUUCUUCGUAUUCGCAUAUUUAUCCCAAAUUUUGUGCUUGUACCAAAUUCGAGUUAACAAUUGGAUACCAGGCUAUGCACUUGCGAUCGGAUUUUCUAUCGAAAUGAUUUUCUAUUGUCUGAUGGGUACAAAACUUACUGUUGAGAAUGAACGUUUUUGUCAAAUAAUAACUCAAUCCAGCUGGUACACAUACGAUCAAUGGUCACAGAAAAUGAUCCUAAUGUUACUGGGCGAAGCUAUGAAUUUCAGUGAGUUGCGCAUCGGACCUUUUGCGCCGUUAAGUGUGUACACAGCGACAGAGAUUUUCAAAAGCAUUUACUCUUACUACACACUAAUGAUGGAAGUAAUGUAAAUAUUAUCCAUAAAAGACUCACAGUAAGCAGUAUCAUCACGAGUGAAUAACACAAACGGAAGCACCACCACAAAUUUUUGCUGUUGAUCAAUCACCAUACGCUUUU